AAAAAGUUGCAAAAGUGGAAGUAAACGUGGUUUCAGAAGAGGAUUGAGAAAAUCUUAGGUACACAUAUAAAUACAUGUCGAACACAUUCGUUGAGGAUAUUGUGGUUUCUAAAGCUGAACUUAAAUAAAAAGUGUUGAGAUGAAUAAUGAAGAGGACUUUCUGCAGAAGGACUCAACAAGAGAUGAAGGCAAUGAGACUGAAGACAACAGCAUGAAUAAAUUAAGAAGGAAGAAAGUCACUAAACCACAUGUUUGUUCAACUGAAGUGGGAGAAAUGGAUAUGUCCAGUUCAAAUGAUUGCAUGAGGGACAGCAGUCAAAUUCUGGCCCCACCUCAACUCUCUUCUAGAAUGAAACACAUUAGACAAGCCAUGGCCAAAAAUCGCCUCCAGUUUGUACGAUUUGAAGCAACAGACCUCCAUGGUGUGUCCAGGUCUAAGAGUAUCCCUGCACACUUUUUUCAAGAGAAAGUGAGCCAUGGAGUUUGCAUGCCCCGAGGUUAUCUUGAAGUGAUACCGAAUCCUAAGGACAGUGAAAUGAAUCGCAUAAGAGCCACAUGUUUUAAUAGUGACAUAGUCCUAAUGCCAGAGGUAUCAACCUUUAGAGUUUUGCCAUGGGCUGAUAGAACUGCAAGAGUGAUAUGUGAUACCUUCACUGUGACUGGUGAGCCUCUUUUGACUUCCCCAAGGUACAUUGCAAAGAGACAGCUGAGCCAGCUGCAGGCCUCUGGCUUUUCCCUGCUUUCUGCUUUCAUCUGUGAUUUUUGCAUUUUUGGUGUGCCUGAAUUUUUAAACUCAAAGACUAUAUCAUUUCCUGCUUCAACAUUUUUAAAUAACCAUGAUCAGCCCUUCAUGCAGGAACUUGUUGAUGGCUUGUACCACACUGGAGCAAAUGUCGAGAGUUUUUCCUCCUCUACCAGGCCAGGUCACAUGGAAAUCUGUUUCCUGCCUGAAUUUGGCAUUAGCUCAGCUGAUAAUGCAUUUACCCUCAGAACAGGUGUCAAAGAAGUGGCAAGGAAAUAUAAUUACAUUUCCAGCUUCUUCAUUGAGACUGGAUUUUGUAAUUCAGGGAUUUUGUCUCAUAGUCUCUGGGAUGUCGAUAGGAAGAGGAACAUGUUUUGCAGCACUUCUGGAACUGAGCAGCUGACAAUCACUGGGAAAAAGUGGCUGGCAGGACUCUUGAAGCACUCUGCUGCACUCAGCUGCCUGAUGGCACCUACUGUUAGCUGCCGAAAGCGUUAUUCCAAGGACAGUAAAGACCUGAAGGAGAGUGUGCCUACAACGUGGGGAUACAAUGACAACAGCUGUAUAUUUAAUAUCAAGUGUCAUGGAGAGAAAGGCACCCGGAUAGAAAAUAAGCUAGGCUCAGCAACAGCAAACCCUUACUUGGUGCUGGCUGCAACUGUUGCUGCUGGCUUAGAUGGACUUCAUAGCAGUAAUGAGGUCUUGGCUGGUCCAGAUGAGAGCACAGACUUUUACCAAGCAGAAGCUUCUGAGAUCCCUUUAAAACUGGAAGAUGCCCUUGUGGUACUGGAAGAAGAUCAAUGUCUGAGGCAGGCUCUAGGAGAAACCUUUAUUCGAUAUUUUGUUGCCAUGAAGAAAUAUGAGUUGGAGAAUGAAGAACUAGCUGCAGAGAGAAAUAAAUUCUUAGAGUAUUUUAUUUAGAAUGGAAUUCACAACUACUCCUUUAGAAAUGCAAUUGUUACUUAAAGCUAAUCUACCAAAACAAAGACUGAACUUUUGUAAUUAACAACAGUAACAAUAACAAGACUACGAAUGCUUUUGACUUUUUUUUUUUUUUUUUUUUCUCCAUGGAAUAUUUGACAGAUGAAGUAGGACUGCUGAGAAGAUUCUGAUAACAGAAACAAACAACAAAGUCGUGGUGAAGCUAUAAUAUGCAAACUUACCAGAUCUUGUCAGUUAGUCAUUUCCUAUGUGUAUGUUGACCUGGAUAGGAAUAUCCAAUUUUGGGGGGCAAUAAAUAUAUUUACACAUUUAAAAAAAAGACUUAAGCAUUAGAAAGCAAAUUUAAAUGACUAAAAAA